GGGCCUUCUCUCCUCUCGUCCUCUCCCCUCCUCUCUCGCUCUCUCCUCUCUCUGUCCUGCGCUCUCAUGGCGGCGGCCACCUCCUCCUCGGCGGUGGCGGCAUCCACGCCGCAGGGCGUGGCGGAUCGGCGGGGCAUCCCCGCGGCGUCCUUCGUCGAGGACGUCGAGACCUACCUCCGCCAGGCCGGGCUCGACGUCAACUCUGCCCUCGCCUUCCUCCAAGAAAGGCUACAACAGUACAAAAUGGUGGAGAUGAAACUUUUAGCACAACAAAGAGAACUUCAGGCAAAAAUUCCGGAUAUAGAGAAGUGCUUGGGUAUUGUUGCAACUUUACAAGCUAAAAAGGCCUUGGGAGAGGCACUCAUAGCCGAUUUUGAAUUAUCUGAGGGAAUCUAUUCACGUGCAAAAAUUGAGGAUUCAAAUUCCGUGUGCCUAUGGUUGGGUGCAAAUGUGAUGCUAGAAUAUUCCUGCGAUGAGGCCAAUGACCUCUUGAAAAGUAACUUGGAAAAUGCGAGGGCCAGUUUAGAAGUCCUCGUUGCUGAUCUUCACUUCUUGCGGGACCAACAAACCAUAACCCAGGUAACAAUUGCUCGGAUAUUUAACUGGGACGUGCACCAGCGGAGAAGCAAACAAUCUGCAAUGAAAGAAACUUGAUCUUCAUGUAUGCAACCAAUGAAAUCGGGAUAUUUUUGUACUUCUUGCCACCUCUGGCAAUUUAGUGUAUGGUCAUAGUGUGUGCCAUUUGCUGGUGAUGGUUUCAUUCGCCGCGUGACAAAAAUGUACCAAUCUUAUUCAGUUUAUGUUGUUGGUACUCUACCACCUGCUGUUGGGGAUGAUGUUUGCUUCUGUUUUGGCUACAUGCACUUGUUUAGUGCUUGAUGAAACAAAAAAUUUAGAGCUAUUACCUUCUUGUCUGGCAUGAGCCUGGAUUUAAA